AUGAGCAAAGUAGCAAUCGUAACAGGCUCGAGCCGUGGCAUCGGCAGAGCAAUCGCCAUCCGAAUCGCCCAGGACGGCUACGAUGUCUGCGUCAACGACAUCGAAGCCAACAAGCAAGGGUGUGAAGAGGUUGCACAAGAGAUCCAAAAGAUGGGCAGGAAGUCAUGCGUUGCCACAGCAGACGUUAGCAAGCUCAGCGAGGUCGAGGCCAUGAUCCAGACCGCAGUGAAAGAGCUUGGUAACUUGAACACCAUGAUCGCCAACGCAGGAAUCGCUCAAGUAAAACCCCUCCUCGAGCUAACCGAAGACGACUUCAAGAGAAUGUUCGAAGUCAACGUCUACGGCGUACACAACUGCUACCAAGCCGCCGCAAAGCAACUAAUCAAACAAGGAAACUGCACCCCCUCCAACAUGGGUAAACUGAUAGGCUGCGCCUCCAUCGUCGCCUUCAAACCCUUCGUCCUCCUCUCCCACUACAGCGCCUCCAAAUGGGCCGUCCGCGGCCUCUCCCAAGCCUACGCCAUGGAAAUGGCCGAAUACAACAUCACAGUCAACGCAUACGCCCCAGGCAUCGUCGGCACGGCAAUGUGGGACCUGAUAGACGAAAAGCUCGGCGAGAAGGAUGGGAGGAAGAAGGGUGAUACUAUUAAGAAGUACACGGAAGAGCUGAUUGCCCAGAAGAGGACCAGUGUGCCUGAAGAUGUGGCGAAGUUGGUGUCAUUUUUGGCGGGUCCGGAUUCAGAUCAUGUCGUUGACGGAGGCAUUAUCUUCACAUAG